AUGUCGUAUCAUGGAUCGAGGACUGAACAUCAGACCCAGGCUCUGAAAGAUAGAUUGAAACUGGAAAAUGAUGCAGAACAAAGGCCGCAAUCGCGAUCAGAGAAACGAAAAUCGGAGGUUUUGAUCGCCGCCCAAUCUUUGGACUCAGAACUGCAGCACGUCAAGAAUUUGAAAAGAAUCUCGAUAGGAUCGAUGGACAUGCUGAUAGAUCCAGAAAUGGAGUUUCGAGUUAGCCCCACGAAGUCACAUUCCUCGCCCAGCGAGGAUUCUCUUUCCGUCGAAUCCCAAACAGAUGACGAUCACAAUGAGAUUCGCAGCAUCGACGGGGAGGACGACAACGAAUUUUCCUACAUGAAUGAUGACAGCAUAGACAUUACAAGCACUGAGUAUCUACAAGAGUCUGGAGAAUCAGCAGUGAAUCAAACAUCCUCAUCAGGCCGUAGCCUUCGCGGUGUGCGAAGAGGUGGCUUUUCAAGUCAACCUCGUCUUAAUGAAAAUACAAUAUCAAUGGAAAUGGGGGACUCUGUAACGCAAAACUUGUUAUGGGUACCAGCCAAUCAACAUCCUAGUGUGAAGCCUGAGAAUUACCUUGAAUUGAUUCAAGACACCCUGCAUACAUUAAAGAUAGAUCCUGAUAACGAAUCCUCAUCAAGUCAUAGCGUCACGCCACAAUCUGCAUCAAAGGCUACUGCCCAUUCUAAUCAACUGCGGUCGGGCCCUAGCACACUAGUGCGAAGGCCAUCAGGACUUCGCAAAUCAUACACAGAGCUCGAAGACCUUUUACAACAUGAGCUUGAAAACAAUAACGAGAACCAUGAAACCUUUACAAACACAGCAAAAACUCCCGAUAAAAUUCAUGCAUCUUCAAAGCUGGGAUCAUUAAGGGACAUUACAGAAGAACUCACGCGAAUUUCUAAUAGAGCUGGCUUUACGGAUAGCGACGCGGUCUCACUAGCUCGAACACUAAGUAUGGCCAGCUCUUAUAAUGGUCAGGAGCCAGAAUUCAAUUCAAGCCAAUCGACGGAACUUCCUGAAAACGAGUAUGCUUCAAGUAUGCUGACGAAGAACGGUUUAGCCAUACCCGCACGUUCUUCUCUACGGAGAAGUAAGUUCAACACAUACAGGGUAAGGACUUCUAGUGGUAAUAGUGUCAGCCCGUCGAAGUUAGGUACAACAACAGUCGAUCGAAAGGAGCCCCCAGAGUCUUUGCCUCAAAUCGCAGACACCAUACUACAAUCCCCGGGUUCGUUUAAUGAUUUCAAUGAGAUUUAUGAUCACUAUAGGCAAAGUAGCUUAGAAGGUGCGAUUGAUAUGCAAUCACCAGACCAUAAAGAAUCCGCAGCGCAGAACGUAUCCAAGAAAGAAUCUGGGAUUCAAAUCUUGAACGACAAUAAUUCAGCUAGCAAGGACGCUUGGGUGGAAAAAAAGCAUCUUGAGCCCAAGGAAAACCAUACGAAACUUAAAAGAGAUGGAAACAAGCAACAACAAGAUGGCCUGGUGCCGCGCAAAAAAAGUGGCUGGAACUGGUUCAAUAAAAGGACAACUAAAGAUCAAGAAAUUACCAAGAAUGACGAGAGCAAACUUUCCAAUGACUUUUUGAACAUUAAGGAUAAUGAAACAAAAAUCGCCAAUAGACCAAUUGAAAAAAUCAACCAUUCAAGGCAUAGACAUUACAGGGCAGAAGACAGUGUUGUGAAUGAAACAACGGAGAAUAAUUCUGUCAAGACGGUAACGAACACUUCAUCUUCCAAAAAGCAGAAACGUGAAAAAAAGUUCAUACAGCUUUUUAGGCGUAAUAGAUCCUCAUCGACCGGCAACCGGGACAGGGAUGAGUCUACAAAUGUAAAUGAGAUAUGGAGCGGUGGACUUCAUGAUGUGCUAAGGACAAGAGCAUCAUCCGCAAACUUGGCCAGUAGCACAAGAAGGAAGUCUAGAAAGGGUAGCCGGGGGUCGAGUGAUGAGGACUAUGAGUCAAUCGGAGGAAGUUCUGUAUCAUCAUUCGAUCAUGACUCGAAGCGCAACACUUGUGAGCCCAUUGCACAACCAAUCACAAAACUGCAGCCGUCAGUGACAUUAACUCCAAAGAUCAGACCAGCUGUUACGGCUAAAGAGGUAACACCCGACAAACCAAGCCCAAUUUCUUCGGAGUCCGAAAAGAACUCGAGUUUGGAGCUUGCUAAUGAGGCUGGCACAGAAUCUAAACCGGAUUUUGGUGGCAGAGUUGACAAAGACGUGGGGCUUAAUCCAAAGGAAGAUGCUUUGGCUGUACAACAAAGUAAAAUGCCCGAAGAUGAAUCACCAAACGAUGCCUCGAACAAAUCAUUUUCCACAGAUGUCCUUGCUGGAAAUGAUGAGGGCUUCGUUACCCAAUCAACUAAAGCAGAUAAAACGGCAACUUUGGCGGCACCCGCUGCGGGAGGUUAUAUCUUACCCGAUCGGAAGCUGACAUUUGGAGAUGUUGUGAAGCCAGAAAAACCCAAUGCGCCCAUGGUUUUCAGCGAUAGUUCAUUUGGGUUCCCACUUCCACCUCUUACAGUUUCAACUGUUGUCAUGAUAGAUCAGCGACUCCCCAUCAAUGUUGAGCGAGCCAUUUACCGAUUGAGUCACUUGAAAUUAGGCGACCCAAAGCGAGAAUUACGGCAACAGGUUGUACUGAGUAACUUCAUGUAUGCGUACUUGAACCUAGUGAACCAUAGCUUGUAUCUCCAGCAGCUGGAGGAAGAGAAUGUGACAGAGACAAUCAAAAGCUAA